CGUGUGACCCCCCCCGAUCUCCCCGCAGGCCGCCUGGGCGAGGCCGUGUCCCUGCGCCGCGCCGCGUGGCUGCGGGUGCGGCCCGGGGCCGGGUUCGUGUCCGGGUACGCGCACGGGGGCCCCGCUGCGGAUCCCGGCUCGGGGCCGGUGGCUCUGGGGACCCUGGGCGCGCUGGUGGCGUGCGGCGCGCGGGGCGUGACGCGGGGCGGCGCGCGCGUCGCCGCGCUGGAGGCGCUGGGCCGGCAGGUGGCGCAGCACGUGGUGGGUUUCGCGCCACGGCGCGUGGGGCGCGCGCGGGAACGGCGGCGGGGCUGGGAGGAGGAGGAGGAGGCGCUGCUGGCGCAGGAGUUCCUGCACGCGCCGGGGCGCCGCGUGGGGCGCGUGCUCCGCGCGCUGGGCCCGCUCUGCGUCACCGGCUUUGUGCGGUUCCGCUGCGGGGAGGAGCCCACCGCGGACGUGACCUCACGGUGACACCACCCCCCCCCCCCCCCGGUAUCGGCUGGGGUCACCCGGGGUCGUUGACCCCUCCCGGUACCGGGGGCACCGGGAGCCUCCCGCACCCCCAGCGGAAUAAACGGGAAGAGGAGCGA